AUGAGCGAUAUCCCUUCCCAGCCCAGCACCCCGGCCGAGUGGCGGGAGUUUUCACAAAGUGAGAUAGUAAAAACCAUUACAUUGAGGCAAGAACGAAGAUUAAAGCAGAACACUGUUAUCGAGCUGGAUGUCUAUCUCGAUGAAUCGAAGAUUGUGAACCCAUCAGUCCAACUACAGUACUUGUAUGCCGAUGUCUUUGCUUUCAUACAGUCAGAGAUUACGAUAGUACCUGUGGCGUACACCGAUAUUCAGGUUAUUGCAAGGGUUCUCACAGCCGACCAGUCCGUUCACCUGAGCUUAUCGCCUGAUGUUUCCGGAUUCCGGCUUUGGAUUUUUGCCUCCAUCCUGGACCAGCUAGUUUCUGUGUCCGUGGCCGGUGAAAAGCCAAUUGUUCUAGAACUAGGUCCAGGAACGGAGAAUAUGGGGGUGAGACUGAGCGUCUUUCCGGGCGAAAUUAACCUGGAGUACAAGAGUGUUACAUCACCAUUAGUAUAUGAUGUUUCGGGAGAUAGGUGGAUCUAAUAACAUACGGCUUCAAAAAAUUCCGAUGCAGGACGAAAAAACCAGGAAAGCUUUGGAACACCUUUUGUGUGCUGUAGAGAGGUGCACCGGCGAAGAAAAAAGGGGGACAGGAAUCAAAAUUUCUGCUUCUCCCAGACCAUCUGGGCCAUCGUUCUGAUAUCAGUGUCACUGAACUCUAUUUCUUCUUUUUCGCCGCGACCUGCGUCUCGAAGGAAGAGGUCCCUAAACGACAAAACAAGCGGGCCGCUGAUCACGACAGCU